AUGACAACCAAUACUUAUUAAAUGUUCAUUUAUGAUGAUCAAUUAAAGUAAUUUUGUUCUUCUAUAUCCAGAAAUCCUAUUUAAGAUGAGUCUUCACUUGAAUAUCUCAUGACUCUUUGUAUUCAACAAUCCACUUAAAAUCAAAUACAUAAAUAAACAUUUCAAAAACAUAAUUUUACUAAAGAUGAAGACAAAGAAAUCCUUAAAUUAGUAUCAUUAUAUGGACCUAAUUUUAAUAAGAUUGUUAAGUAUUUCCCUGGAAAAACUAUGAAUAUGAUCAAGAAUCGUUAUUACAAGAAACUUCGUUAUCUAAAGAAUGAAUUAGAUAUCAAUAAUCAAUAUUAAUCCAUACAUAACAAUUCAAAAAAUAAAAAAAUACAUUGA